UCCUCCCUUUUGAAAUCCUAUAUUAGCUGUGGCCAAAGCAGGCUAAGAAACACAGCUCAUUGUUGGCAAGUGUUGAUGAGGAACUCGCAAAGGAGUGAGAGAGGAACGGCUUUGGAUCUUUCCGCUCCAAGAGCAGCAGCAGCAGCAAUAAUAAUUAUUAUUACCAACUCCCGUAGUCGCAGAGGAGCAAAAAGAGAAUCGCUUGUUUUUAUGCUGGGAAAUCUUUACUGACUGAUUUUUUUUUUUAUCAGCACGUUUGAAGCAAAAGAAGAAAAGGGAGGGCGUGAGGCUGGAAAUGGCAGACCACAUGAUGGCCAUGAACCACGGGCGCUUCCCUGAUGGAACCAAUGGGCUUCAUCACCAUCCCGCACAUCGAAUGGGAAUGGGUCAGUUUCCCACCCCCCACCAUCAUCAGCAACAGCAACAUGCCUUCAGCGCUUUGAUGAGCGACCAUAUACAUUAUGGAGGUGGAAAUAUGAAUGCAAACAGUGGGAUCAGACACGCCAUGGGGCCGGGGAAUGUGAAUGGGGGUCACCCUCCGAGCAGCAUGCCGCCGACGGCCAGGUUUACCAGUUCCCAGUUCAUGGCCCCUGCGGUGGCAACCCAAGGGGGGCCUUUAACAGCCAGCAUGCAGCUGCAGAAGCUCAACAACCAGUACUUCAGCCACCAUCCGUAUCCUCACAACCACUACAUGCCGGACUUGCACCCUGCCAAUCAUCAGCUCAAUGGAGCAGCCCAGCAUUUUAGAGACUGCAACCCGAAGCACAGCAACAGUGGCGGCGGCAGCGUGCCCGCCUCUGUGCCCCACGUCCCUGCAGCAAUGCUGCCUCCCAAUGUCAUAGACACUGACUUCAUAGAUGAGGAGGUGCUCAUGUCCUUAGUCAUAGAAAUGGGCUUGGACCGCAUCAAGGAGCUUCCCGAGCUGUGGUUGGGACAGAAUGAGUUUGAUUUCAUGACAGACUUCGUUUGCAAACAGCAGUCCAGCAGAGUGAGCUGCUGACUUCUUGUGAAACAAAAGGACUUUUUAUCUGUGUGAAUGCAAACAUUCCCUCAAGACACAGUAUCUCAAAGGCUUUUAGGAUCUUGAGUAUCUGGGAAACAGAGUAAACUAUAAGCUUGUAUAAAUAUGAUUUCUCCCUUCUUUGUUUUUAAUUGCUGUCAUUUCUUUAUGUUUAACCUUGGAUACUCAUUUCUGCCCUCCCUCCCUGUAAUGAUUCAGUCUUUAGAAUUUCUCAGUCUCUGCUUAUUUUUUCCCCCCACUGGUAAUAUGCCAGUUAUUUCAACUGUUAUGAAUAUUGGCAGAUUGCUUAAACUUGUGGAUUUUCUGUAGGCUAUCAUUUCAAAUAACUAGGACAGCAUUCAGAUUCUGAGUUAAAGGACAAAAAAAUGCAUUAGUUGGUUGCAUGAAGUUCAGGGUAGAUUCCUGCACAAAUACUGCCCUCUUGCUUUGUUUUUAACUAUGCAUUGCAGUGCUACUAACUUUUAGUCUGCUUAAACUGGAAGCUUAAGAAAUGUGGGCCAAACCUUCCCUGAUCAGGAAAAAGAAACCAGUUCCUUAAACUCUGCUAUCUGUUCUCCUUCACAUCUGUACAGACAAUAAUAAUAGUAUGAAUGGAAUGGUCUCUAGUCGGGGGUUUCUUUUAAAAAAAAUUGUUCUAGCUCUUUCAGCAGCCUUUCUUUUAU